AGAUAGACUUGGACAGAUUUUUUUUCUUGUAACCCUUUAUAUUUAUUUGCACUUCCGUAGAUAUCUCUCAAUGAAAGAGAGAAGAAGAAGGGUGACUCUCUUUCCCCCAAACCCUUGAUUCCUCUCUUUCCUUUCUCCUUUCCGUCAACCACGCUUUCUCUUUUCUUCUGACUUCCAUUUCGGGUUAAACGUCGUCGUUUCGCCGUCGAACGUUUCGUCGCCGAACGUCUCAUUAAGAGCAGUGAAGAAUAAACUGAUGGCUAACAUGGAUGGCAAAUCACUCCUGAGUUGUAAGAAAUCCAUUCCCAUACCACCUCCUUCGCGUCAAUCAGCCGCAACAGGUUAUCCUUGCGAGUAUGUGGUGAUGAAUAAUUUAGCACCGAGAGGGCGAAGCAGUCGUGUCCCUACUGCAACAAAAGAUUUGUGGGAGCGCCUUUUCAACGAAGGUUAUAAAGCCGAUGUUCGCAUUAAUACUGAUAACGGUGGCAUUGUUUAUGCUCAUUCUAACAUUAUUGGGAUGGCUUCUCCUGUAUUGGGAGGUAUGCUGAAGCAAGCAAAUCGUUCCAAACGAUGGCGAUCAAUCUCAAUUUUUGGGGUUCCACAUGAUGCAGUACGAGUUUUUAUUCGAUUCUUGUACUCUUCCUGUUACGAGAACGAAGAAAUGAAGGAAUUUGUCCUACAUUUGUUGGUGCUGUCACAUGUAUAUGCGGUCCCUCACUUGAAGCGUGAAUGUGAACAGAAGCUAGAAUUGGGUUUACUCACCAUAGAUAAUGUAGUGGAUGUAUUUCAACUUGCAUUACUGUGUGAUGCACCACGGCUCAGUCUCGUUUGUCAUCGUAAAAUACUAAAAAACUUCAAAACUGUUUCGGAGUCAGAAGGAUGGAAAGCAAUGAAGCAGAGCCACCCGAUUCUAGAAAAGGAACUUCUGGAGUCAAUGAUUGAAGAAGAAAAUAGUAAGAAGGAGAGGAUCAGAAAAAUGAAUGAAAAAGAGGUCUAUCUGCAGUUAUACGAUGCAAUGGAAGCUCUUGUUCACAUAUGUAGAGAUGGUUGUCGAACUAUUGGCCCUCAUGAUAAAGACUUCAAAGCAAACCAACAACCGUGUAGGUAUACAUCUUGCAAAGGGCUAGAACUUCUUGUUCGCCAUUUUGCUGGUUGCAAGUUGAGAGCCCCAGGAGGUUGUGCCCAUUGUAAAAGGAUGUGGCAACUGUUGGAGCUUCAUUCUCGACUAUGCGCUGAUCCAAAUUCAUGUAGAGUGCCUCUGUGCAGGAACUUUAGACAGAGACUAGCAAAACAAAGCAAGAAAGACGAAAUUAGAUGGACAAUAUUGGUUGAGAAGAUCUUGAAAACAAGAGGAAUUGGGAUUGCACCAUGCUUUCGGCCACUAUGACUGGUUUUCCGGGAAUAUAGAACUAUAGAAUAUAGCAGUUGAUAUGUAAAAACAUGUCCGAAUUGUAAAGUUUAUUAAUGUAUUAUGUUGGUAUUAAAUGUUCCUUAAGGAUGAAGUGUCGCUCCUCUCUACUACUUUAUUGUAAAAAAUAUAUUUCAGAGGAAUCCUUUCUUCCAACAUCUAUCUGAUGUGUUAAAUGAACUUGGACCCUUACACGACAUUUCAAUUUAAAACUAGUGUGUAUUGUUUUUAA